AUGGAACCAAUUAAAAAUAUUGAGGGAUCCACCAUCCACAUCGGAGGUGAUGACUUGACCUCUGGUGGUUUGAAUAACCUAGGUAGUGUGGCUUCUCCUAGUAGAGGUGUGCCGGUGACUGCUUCUAUUGGAGGAAUGGCUGCUCCUAACGGAGGUGAGCCUAAGAAUGGUCCUAUUGAGCCUACUGCUCCAAUUUAUGCUGAUGGGAGGACUGUGGCUCCUCUGGCUGGCCGUGUAAUGGUUCCCGCCGAAAAGCCAGAAAAGUUUACCGGCAAGGAUUUCAAGAGGUGGCAACCAAAGAUGCGUUUCUACUUGACCACCUUGAACCUUGUCAAGAACUAUAUCCUUAAUGGAUUAGUUGAUGACCUGUACAAUGUGUACUCCAAAACCUCUUCAGCCAAAGAGCUUUGGGACUCUCUUGAAAAGAAGUACAAAACCGAGGAUGUUGGUACUAAGAAAUUUGUGGUGGCCAAAUUUUUUGACUUCAUGAUGGUAGAUGCCAAGUCUGUUGUCAACCAACUGGAAGAGUUCCAGCUCAUCUUACAUGAAAUACAUGCUGAGGGAUUGGUGAUAAAUGAGUCAUUCCAAGUGGCAGCAGUCAUCAAGAAGCUACCUCCUAGCUGGACUGAUUUCAAGAAUUACUUGAAACACAAGCGCAAGGCCAUGAACAUGGAGGAUUUGAUGGUCCAUCUGAGGAUUGAGGAGGACAACUGGAAGAAGUUAGCACUUCCAAGAGCUUCUAAGGCCCACCUGGUGGAAACUUCCAAGCCCAAGCAUGGGAAGAGAAAGAGGGGGCACCAAACCAAAGGGAAGCUGAAAGAGCAACCCAACAAGUUCCAAGGUACAUGCUUUGUCUACGACAAACCUGAACACCAGGCCAAAGAUUGCAGGAAGCGUCCUAAUAAGGACAAGGCCACCAGCAAGGGAAAGAAGCAAGCGCACCUAGUUAAGGAGGAGGAAAAUCAAGAGGUGUUUUUGCUAUCAUCUCUCAAGUGA